CUUCGUUACCUUGCGCCUGUAGGGCACGCAAACGCGCUAAGGCUGCUGGGUUCUGAUCUCACGGAGGCCGCGUAAUUGACCGAACGCUGCGUCACUCUGGUGACGUCACGGUCACGACACCAUAUUCCCCGCCCUACAGCAGACGCCCGUAGCCUGAGGGUGAACACAACAAAAACAACGUGCCUCUCUCGUCAGGCGGGGCUCCUCCUGUGUGUGGGCAUAGCGGCCGUCUCACGGGCUCUGGCUGAGGUGAGUGCGACACUGGAUCCCUUCCCGUCACACGGUCUUUGUGUGGUCGGUACCGGCUGCCUUCUAGUUCUCAGGCUGUGCCCUCCUGCGGGGCUGAAGGUUACCGUGUAUUAGUGCACUGCCUACCCGGCCUGGAGCUCCCCCCAGAGUAUAUCCUUUCCUGUACCAAAGCAAUGGUGAUGGAGAAGCCAAGUCCCCUGCUUGUAGGGCGGGAGUUUGUCAGACAGUACUACACCCUUCUAAACAAAGCACCAGACUUCUUGCACAGGUUUUAUGGACGGAACUCCUCUUAUGUGCAUGGAGGAUUGGAUGCCAGUGGAAAGCCUCAAGAGGCCGUGUAUGGGCAGGCGGAGAUUCACAAGAAGGUGAUGUCCCUUCAGUUCAGCGAAUGUCGCACCAAGAUCCGUCAUGUUGAUGCACAUGCUACACUGAACGAUGGAGUAGUUGUCCAAGUUAUGGGGGAGCUUUCCAACAAUGGUCAGCCAAUGCGAAAAUUCAUGCAGACGUUUGUCCUUGCUCCAGAAGGAUCUGUUCCAAAUAAAUUCUACGUUCACAAUGAUAUCUUUCGCUAUGAAGAUGAAGUUUUUGGUGAUUCUGAAGUGGAGUUGGAUGAAGAAUCUGAGGAGGAAGUGGAAGAGGAACAAGAGGAGAGGCAGCCUUCUCCUGAACCAGUACAAGAGAGUGCAAACAGUACAUACUAUGAUGCUCACCCAGUGUCCAAUGGAGUAGAAGAAUCCUUGGAAGAGCCCAUUAAUGAACCCGAGCCUGAGCCAGAACCAGAGGUGAAGAAUGAGGAGAAACCUGAGCAGGAAGAGAAGAGCAUAGAGGAACUUGAAGAAAAGUCCCCGACUCCACCACCCGUUGAGCCAGUUGCUCUCCCACAAGAGCCUCCCAAGGCUUUUUCGUGGGCAUCAGUGACCAGUAAAAACCUGCCUCCCAGUGGGACUCUCCCAUCAUCGGGAAUUCCACCCCACGUAAUAAAAGCUCCUGCCUCACAGACACGUCCUGAAGGUAAACCAGAACUUCAAGUACAGCCUCUUCGUACACGGGAACAGCGUCCACGGGAGCGCCCAUCAUUUCAGCCAAGGGGCCUGAGGACAGGUCGAGGUGACACAGAACAGGGAGAUUCUGAUAACCGCCGUAUGUUCCGCUACCCUGACAGUCACCAGCUCUUUGUUGGGAACUUACCUCAUGAUAUUGAUGAAAGUGAACUGAAGGAAUUUUUUAUGAGUUAUGGAAAUGUGAUGGAACUACGCAUUAAUACCAAAGGUGUUGGAGGGAAGCUUCCCAACUUUGGCUUUGUCGUGUUUGAUGAUUCUGAACCAGUUCAAAGGAUUUUGCUUGCAAAACCAAUUAUGUUCCGUGGUGAAGUCCGACUGAAUGUGGAAGAAAAGAAAACCAGGGCUGCCCGUGAAAGAGAAACUCGUGGUGUGGAUGACCGCAGGGAUCUGCGUCGCAAUGACCGUGGUGCAGGAGGACCCCGUGGAAUCAUUGGGGGUGGGAUGAUGCGUGACAGGGAUGGAAGAGGCCCUCCUCCACGAGGUGGAAUGGUGCAGAAGCUGAAUACAGGCAGAGGAGCAGCAUCCAUGGAGGGCCGUUUCACUGGCCAACGUCGCUGAAAAUCAGUCAUUAACACAGUCAAACCUACAGUGGUACAUUUAUUCGUCGUGUUUGCAUUCUUGUUAAUUUUUAGCUUUGGAAUGUGACACAGCCUUUUUUUUUUUUUUUUUUUCCCUUUUCUUCCCCAUAAGUUCCUUGAUGUGGAAACAUCUUUUUGUUUGCUGUUUUUCAAUUGACAUAGUUUGUUUUUUCGCAUUUUUUUAUUUUUUUUUCCCCCCAACAGAAAUUUAAAAAUGUUAAUUUAUACAUCCCGACUCGGUGACGGAGAUGACCAUUAGCACUGCAAGUAUUUCCAUGGACGUUGGAGGCCCCUGUCCUAAUACAGUUCUGUUGCACUUUGCAAGUAUUAUGGUUUCUUUAUUGGAAACAAAAGUAGUGCAAUCUGUGCCUCCCUCCCCUGUAGUAACCUGUGUCAAUGAAGGAACGAACGGUUAAUUGCGCUUCACACCCACUAAAGAGCUUCUACCAUGAACACAGAAUAAUAGUCUGUCAGGUGAUGGCACGCGGUCCAUCAACGCAAAGAACCUGUGCUGUGCUUAUAAAAAAGUAUCUCCACUACAGACAGAUCCGACUUCAGAAGUAGUCAACGGUUUCAUAAUGACAAAUUCUUGCACUUGCCCAUCUGUUCUACAAGAUGGCAGGCUGGUUCACGUGGACCCAGCCUGCUGACCGAGCCUUUUUUUUUUUUUUUUCUUUCCCCCCCCAGCUUUGUACAGUGAAAUGACCUAACAAAGUGUACUCAAUUGUAUUUAGUUCUCUGGUAAUGUAAUAAGCAUGAUGGUGCCUUCUAUGAAUACAUCAUUCCAGUCCUUGCUGGUGAUUUUGUACAGUGAAUGAUUUACUGUGCUGCAAAGCCAAACUGCUUCAGUACAUUCAGGAAUCUGCCUAACCAAACUGCAGUACGUGUACAUCAGUAGUUAUUAUUACUAUAAUUUUUUUUUUAUUAAGUUCUGUUCCACCGUAACGACCAUUGGUAUACAGCUACCAAUAGUGGGGGGGCUAUACAGUGUGUGUGAGAAGGACUAAUGGUCCUGUCUCUGAAGCCCUAACUGUGACUCCCAUAAGUGCAUAUAAAGUGGAUCAUCUGGUGCCCCGCUAACGUCCAGUCGCACUUUUCUGUUAACCUCUUCACAUCCCAUUGGACUUGGAAGCAGAGGAAUUCUGCCCGUGCUCCUAUGAUCGAGCAGCAGCUCUGUGUGUGUUCUUUAUAUUCUGAUACAGGGUCAUUUUCUUAACUAUUGUUUCUUUUGUCAUUCCCCCCCCACAUUUUCCUUUAUUGAAGAAACUGUCCUGAAAUGCAGUUCUCAUAACCUUGGGGAUUUUUAUUUAUUUUUUUCCUUUUAAAUAUUUGAUGCACGUCUUCAAGUGGAAAUUGUGGGAUUGCACAGUUUUGGCACAGCCGCCUGCCUAUAAGCAUACAUUCCAUGAAACGACCAAUGUAGCAGAAGAUGCCGACCUGGUGUAGUCAUGGUCAGUGAUGACGUUGAAGGAGAAAGUGUGAACACUUAAAGCUGCCUCUGGAAGCGCGGGAAACCUUUGAGAAGCCGUACUAGGAGAAAUGCACAUGGAGUAACAUGCUGCUUUUGACUUAUGCAACUGUUUGCUGAGCCUCUUGAAACUAAUGAUUGUGCACAAAGGUAUUUUUCCAGUCCACCAGGCAAAACUCAAACUUGCGUAUGUCAGGUUUUGUUUUGGUUUUUCCUUUCUUCCCUUUUUACUUUGUCACAUGAGGUCUUCUGUUUUUUGAUGGCAAGUCUUGCACUAUUUCAUACAUUUCUGGGACACAGAUUUCUCAUGGUUAUAAUUUUAUAUAUGCAUAUAUAUAUUUUGUGUUAUAAAAGUUUUACAUUUGCAAUCUGUUACCUGGAAGUAUUGUACUUGAAUUCCCUAGUAUACAGCAAAAGCUUGGACUGGUUUUUCAUGUCAUUCCAAUGUAUCCACAGGAAAGUGUGCCAGCAGUUCGUGUUAUAUAUUUUAUUUUUAUUUUUUUUAGAUUUUUCUUUUUUUUUUCUUUUCUUCUGUUAGUGUUUAACCCCUGUCACAACCAGAACUGUCUAAUGGCAAAUAGAACGGGACUGAGUAUAACCUACCGUACUAGAGGAGCAUCAGAGCCAUUAAGCUUUUAAGUCUGCUUCAUAUUUGAAUACCUUGAAUAAACCUUAUACAUCUGAAAUGUUUACUUGGUGAGCGUUCACCUACUUUACUGUGUACAUUUAAGUGUUAUUGUCUUAAUCGCUCAGUAAAUGUACCUCAUCCAACAUUGCCGCAUUUUCCACUUUCAUUGUGUUGGGCAGUUGGUUUAUUGUAGUAACCUAUCAUCAUUGCACUUCUAUUUCAGCACAAUUGGCGUAGUAUGAUUACCUAGCUGUAGAGGACAGUGGUGAAUAUUUUUUUAUUUUUGUUUUCCAUCUUUAUUGCUGUAAUGUGUUAAACAUUAUGCCAGUAGAAUCUAGUCCUUUUUUGGAUAGUCUCUUUACUUCAGUUUCCAUAUUUUGAAUGUGUUGAAACUAAAACAUUUGACAAUAAACUACUGAUGUCUACA